ACCAGACAGUGGAAGAUGCAUUGCCUGCUCUUUCCAACUACUGGAACUUCACCUGGACGCUUCAGGAUGAUCCGCAGUUUCCCUCAGAGAGAGUGCAAUCUGAGAUCAGCUGUGAUUUCGAAGCCCCCUGUGAUUUGGAAUAUGCCUCUAUGGCAGAUGAAUCCAUCUGGAAGGUGACGACAGCCAAGGACCUCUCUGAGGAGAGCAAUCCCAGAGUUCCCAAGGAGGAUUUCUCAGAGAAAUGGUUGGAAGGUCACUUCCUGUUUCUGAACAGCUCAGGGGUAGCAAGCCCUGCAGUGCUGAGUCCUUGGCUGAAGAGCAGCAGUGGGCUGUGUGCAUUUGAGGCAUCUGUUUACCUGCACAGUGGGCAAACAGGGAGGUACACGAUAUCGAUAAUUGAGAACGACAAACAGCCACGAGAGAUUCUGUCCACAGAGAGAGACACCACCACUGGCUGGGCGCUGCUGAGGGUGAUGCUGGGGCGCUCCGAUACCCCCUUUAGGAUAUCCAUGGAGUACACCGGACAGGGCACACAGGACACUGCAGCUCUGGAUUCCAUCUACACAUCCAGCUGCACCACAGGGUCUCCUCCGGGCUUGCAGAUAACACUGCAGGGGAAGUACACCUGCCGGGAUGGGACGACAAUCAGCCUGGACAGAGUGUGUAACUUUCAGAGAGACUGUGUGGCGGAAGAAGAUGAGGGGCCAAUGUGCCGCGACUUCCUCCUCGGUAGCUACUGCUCCUUUGAAGAGGGGGGCUGUGGGUGGCAGGCUUUGACGUCAACCUCUGAGAGAACGGCUUGGGGGGUCCAAGAGGGACAGCAUGAAGACCGCCAAGAGAAAAAGGGCAGCUGUCCAUUCACAGGUAGAGCAUUGGUUCUGAACAGCAGUGAGUUUGUGAGCGAUGAGCCCAGCGUGAUGAGGAGCCCCUUGUUCCCACCCCCACUAAAAAACUCUCCUUGCCAGGUUUGGUUUUCUGUAUGUGCUGAAGGCUCCUUACAGGGGGCCCUGUCUCUGUGGCUGGUGGAGAACAGCACCAGGGAAGAGGAGAGUCGCAUGCUUUGGGGCAGCAGCGGGGUGAAGGGCUGGAGCAGACUGGCCAUUCCUGUGCACGGAGUAUCUGACAGGUUUUGGCUGCUGUUCAGUGGGAGUGGAGAACCUGGAUCCGCUAUUGCUAUUGAUAACAUCUCACUCAGCUUAGACUGCUUCCUGGCAUCCAAUGGAGAUCUCCCACCCAAGAUCACACCGGUCAGUACCAGCAUGAAGAACUUUGAAUCCACCAAUCAGGACAGCACAACAGCUGCCCCAGCCAAUGGGCACUCUGAAGGAGAAGUGCUGGAUAUCACUGAGUUCCCAGAUUUGCAACCUGAAGAUACAUCCUGGAACUUUGGUACGUGUGGCGCAACUGGGCCAGUGGGCCCCACCACAACACAGUGCAGCAACUCAUACCGGGGCACAAAUGUCAAUGUGUCUGUGGGCACAGAAGGGCCGCUGCGGGGCGUGCAGAUGUGGAGAGUACCCGCCACCGAAACCUACAGGAUCAUGAGCUAUGGUGCUGCUGGAGGCAGGAGCGUGCUCAUCCCAGAUCGGUCGUUCGGUUUGUUUCUGGGGGCCCAUUUCUUUCUGCAGAAAGACGAGCUGCUCUACAUCCUGGUGGGACAGCAAGGGGAAGACGCCUGUCCAAAUUCGGACACCGUCAUCUACAGAGUGUGUCAGGGAGAGACAAGUGUAAUUGACAACAUGAACCAGUCAAAGAAGACGGUGGAGGAGUGGGUGGGAGGAGGAGGAGGAGGAGGCGGUGCUACCUACAUAUUUAAGAUGAAGGACGGAGUGCCAGUGCCUCUGCUCAUCGCAGGCGGAGGGGGUGGGAGAGGCUACAGCGGCAAGGCUGAGUAUCCCAUGGAGAUUCUGGAGAACGACACCACUGUCCAAGGGGUCAAUGGCGUCUCUGGGGCAGCAGGUGGCGGUGGCGGCUGGGAUGACAAGAUGCCAGUGUCUUCGGGGGGGCUGCCCCGGGUGAGGGGGGCCCUGGGGGGGAAAUCCUGUCCACAUGCCCUCCGGAAGUGGCAGCUGAGAGGUGGCUUCGGAGGGGGUGGUGGGGGCUGCUCCUCUGGUGGCAGCACAGCUCAGGAUGAUGACCCUCAUCGGGAUGGAGAAGACGGUGUUUCCUUUAUCAACACUGAGGGCGAUUUGUACCUACCACCAUUAAAAGUGAUGGAGAGUCACGGCGAGGUGAGAAUUGAACUGGCUGUGGACUGCAGUCACUGCCAGACGAGGGAGUGCCACCUGAGAGGAGAGCCAGCAGAGCCACAGUGUUACUGUGAGGCUGGAUUCACGUUGGCACCGGACCAGGUCUCCUGCAUUGAUAAUGACAACGUCAAAGGCACUGUAAACCAGGAGAUGUCUCAGCUGCCCAUGCACCUGGUCUUGUCAGUGGUGAUGUCAGCUCUCAUCGCAGCUCUACUGCUCGCCAUUUCUUGCAUUAUGUUCGUGUACCGGCGGAAACACCCCGAGCUGCAGUCCAUUCAGCUGGAGCUGCAGAGCCCAGAGUGCAAGCUGAGCAAGCUUCGCACCUCCACCAUCAUGACAGACUACAACCCCAACUACUGCUUCGCCGGCAAGACCACCUCCGUCAACGACCUGAAAGAGGUGUCGCGCAGGAACAUCUCACUCAUGAGGGGGCUUGGCCAUGGAGCCUUCGGAGAGGUAUACGAGGGUCAGGUGUUCGGGAUCCCUGGAGAGCGCAGCCCAAUGCAGGUCGCUGUCAAGACACUGCCAGAGGUCUGCUCUGAGCAGGAUGAGCUGGACUUUCUGAUGGAGGCUCUCAUUAUCAGUAAGUUCAACCACCAGAAUAUCGUGCGCUGCAUCGGGGUGAGUCUGCAGGCCCUCCCACGCUUCAUCCUGCUUGAGCUCAUGGCUGGCGGAGACCUCAAGUCCUUCCUGCGGGAGACACGUCCACGGCUGACCCAGCCCUCCAGCCUAUCAAUGGUAGACCUACUGAAUGUGGCGCGAGACAUUGCACAGGGCUGCCAGUACCUGGAGGAAAAUCACUUCAUCCACAGAGACAUAGCUGCCAGAAACUGUCUCCUUACCUGCAAAGAUGCUGGAAGAGUUGCUAAAAUUGGGGACUUUGGGAUGGCCAGGGAUAUCUACAGGGCCAGCUACUACAGAAAAGGGGGACGCGCCAUGCUGCCAGUGAAGUGGAUGCCCCCUGAGGCAUUCAUGGAGGGCAUUUUCACGUCCAAAACAGACACCUGGUCGUUUGGAGUGCUGCUCUGGGAGAUCUUCUCUCUGGGGUACAUUCCCUACCCCAGCCGCAGCAACCAAGAGGUGCUGGAGUUCGUGACCAGCGGGGGCAGGAUGGACCCUCCCAAGAACUGUCCCGGGCCUGUGUACAGGAUAAUGACGCAGACCUGGCAGCACCAGCCUGAGGACAGACCCAACUUCUCUACCAUCCUGGAGCGAGUCGACUACUGUCUGCAGGACCCAGACGUUGUGAACACUCCUCUCCCUGUGGAGUAUGGCCCUGCACCAGAGGAAGAAGAGACGGUGCCCAUGAGGCCUGAAGACCCCAGCAGCAACCCCCCUCUCCUGGGUUCCCCUUUACCAGAGCAAGCCGAGGAAGACGAGCAGACCGCUUAUUACCUGCAGCCCACACCUCAGCACCCCAUCGGGUCUCCCCCCCCCUCCCCCCUCUCUCCCCCCUCUCCCCCCCCUCUCACCCCUCUCACCCGACCUUCUAUCCUCCCCGUGCUCCAGAACAGCCCCAGCCGCCCCCCUCGUCUCCAGCCAGCCCUGCAGCAGAGCUCCGGAGGAAUGGCACCUGAGGAGGCCAGCGGGGGGCACGUCAAUCUGGCUUUCUCCCAGACACAGCCCCCAGAGCUGGACUGUAGGAACGGCAAGCACACCAAUCUCUGGAACCCAACCUACAGGUCCUGGUACCUAGACAAGCAGCGAGCGCAGGCCAAGGGCGAGGGGGAUGACCAUGAGCAUAGAACUGCUGGUGAUGUCAUGGCACAGGCUCCUCCAAGACCACCAGCUGUGCUCCUGGAACCCUCUGCACUCUCACAGGGACCCCCCGCCAUCCCUCUGUUCAGACUGCAGCGCUUACCCUGUGGAACCUUCAGCUGCGGGUACCAGAAGCAGGGUUUGCCCCUGGAUCCUUCACUGCCACCACUGCAAAUAACUGGUCCUACCAGGACAGUCAGUGCAGAGGAAGGUCGCCCCUUGCUUGUUUCCAAGGUGACUGCCAUUUUGCAGGACCCUCCUCAGCAAAGCAUCCCUUCCUGGGACCCCAGGCUUCCCUUGACAGAGGAUGUCAGUGCCACAGCACUUUAGUAUGAUCCCCAAAGUUAUUUCCUUCCCAAACUAUCUGCAACUACUGCUAUUCCCGAUGUUGCCAGGCAGCAAGCCACAGUGUGUCAGAUGUAUUUAACUGCUAUUCAAAUUCUUAACCCUUUGCAGUCCAUUUAUUCAGGGCUUGUCAGGCGCGUCAGGUCCAUUUUAUUUUUACACACACCGU